AUGUCCGCAGACUCGCCCAAAGCUCCUAGAAAGGAGAAGGUCAAUCUCAAUGAUGCGUCCGGCGCAGAGAAGAAGGAGGAGCUCGACACACAGACGGCCAUUCUCAAGAAGAAGAAGAAGCCAAAUUCGUUGAUGGUCACCGACGCCACCAACGAUGACAACUCGACGAUCGUCCUCUCCAACAACACCAUGGAGACCCUCCAGCUCUUCCGUGGCGAUACCGUGCUCGUCAAGGGCAAGAAGAGAAAGGACACCGUACUCAUCGUCCUCGCCGAUGAUGAUCUGGAUGAUGGCAGUGCUCGCAUCAACAGAGUCGUCCGCCACAACUUGAGAGUCAAGCAUGGCGACAUCAUUACGGUGCACCCUUGCCCAGACAUCAAGUAUGCGAAGCGCAUUGCUGUAUUGCCCAUUGCCGAUACGAUCGAGGGUCUUACCGGCUCUCUCUUCGACGUCUUCCUCAAGCCAUACUUCCUCGAAGCCUAUCGACCCGUUCGACAAGGUGAUCUCUUCACUGUCCGAGCUAGUAUGCGGCAAGUGGAGUUCAAGGUUGUCGAAGUCGAUCCUCCCGAGUUCGGCAUCGUUGCUCAAGACACAGUCAUCCACUGCGAAGGCGAGCCCAUCCAGCGUGAAGAUGAAGAGGGCAAUCUCAACGAGGUCGGCUACGACGAUAUUGGCGGCUGCCGCAAGCAGAUGGCCCAGGUCCGAGAAUUGGUUGAGCUUCCACUCCGCCACCCUCAGCUUUUCAAGUCCAUCGGUAUCAAGCCUCCUCGAGGCAUUCUCAUGUAUGGUCCUCCCGGUACCGGUAAGACACUGAUGGCCCGAGCCGUCGCCAACGAGACUGGUGCUUUCUUCUUCCUCAUCAACGGCCCCGAAAUCAUGUCCAAGAUGGCUGGUGAAUCAGAAUCAAAUCUGCGCAAGGCUUUUGAGGAAGCUGAGAAGAACGCUCCGGCUAUCAUCUUUAUUGACGAGAUCGAUUCGAUCGCACCCAAGCGUGACAAGACCAAUGGCGAAGUUGAGCGUCGUGUGGUGUCUCAGCUGCUGACUCUUAUGGACGGCAUGAAGGCCCGGUCCAACGUGGUUGUCAUGGCCGCUACCAAUCGUCCCAACACCAUCGAUCCUGCCCUUCGCCGCUACGGCCGUUUCGAUCGGGAAGUCGAUAUCGGUAUUCCAGACCCAACUGGCCGUCUCGAGAUUCUCCAGAUCCACACCAAGAACAUGAAGCUCGGCGAGGACGUCGACCUUGAGACUAUCGCGGCCGAGACCCACGGUUACGUCGGUUCUGAUAUUGCAUCUCUCUGCUCAGAAGCUGCCAUGCAACAGAUUCGUGAGAAGAUGGAUCUCAUCGAUCUCGACGAAGACACCAUCGAUGCCGAGGUUCUUGACUCACUAGGCGUCACCCAGGAGAACUUCCAAUUCGCUCUUGGCGUGUCCAACCCAUCAGCUCUUCGUGAGGUUGCUGUCGUCGAAGUACCCAACGUUCGCUGGGACGACAUUGGUGGUCUUGAGAAUGUCAAGCGCGAGCUCAUCGAGUCCGUCCAGUACCCUGUCGACCACCCUGAGAAGUUCCUCAAGUUCGGUCUUUCGCCAUCUCGUGGUGUUCUGUUCUACGGUCCACCAGGUACUGGUAAGACUAUGCUUGCCAAAGCUGUUGCGAACGAGUGUGCAGCCAACUUCAUCUCUAUCAAAGGUCCUGAGCUGCUCUCAAUGUGGUUCGGUGAGUCUGAGAGCAACAUCCGAGACAUCUUCGACAAGGCCCGUGCUGCCGCACCCUGUGUGGUCUUCUUGGACGAAUUGGAUUCCAUUGCCAAGUCACGCGGUGGCUCUGUCGGAGAUGCCGGUGGCGCUUCCGAUCGUGUUGUCAACCAGCUCCUCACUGAGAUGGACGGCAUGACCUCCAAGAAGAACGUAUUCGUCAUUGGCGCCACUAACCGACCUGAGCAACUCGACAACGCUCUCUGCCGACCUGGCCGUCUCGAUACUCUCGUCUACGUUCCUCUGCCGGAUGAGGCUUCCCGUGCUGGUAUCCUGCGUGCUCAGCUCCGCAAGACCCCCGUCUCACCCGAUAUCGACAUCGACUACAUUGCCAGCAAGACUCACGGCUUCUCUGGUGCCGAUCUUGGCUUCGUCACUCAGCGUGCUGUCAAGCUCGCUAUCAAGCAGUCCAUCGCCGCUGACAUCGAGCGCACCAAAGAACGUGAGGCUCGCGGUGAUGACGCUAUGGAUGAAGAUGAAGAAGUUGAGGAUCCAGUACCCAUGCUUACCAAGGCUCAUUUCGAAGAGGCUAUGUCGGCUGCUCGUCGUUCCGUCAGCGAUGUCGAGAUCCGUCGGUAUGAAGCGUUUGCCCAGGCCAUGAAGCAGAGUGGUGGUAGCGCUUUCUUCAAGUUCCCCGGUGCUGAGGAGGCCGGCAAUGCUGCUGCUGCCAACGGCAGUAACGGCUUUGGUGACGCUGGCAACGAUGACAGCCUGUAUGACUAG